UCCUGGCAGGAGCCGCACCUCGGACAGCAGCAGCGGCGGCCGCGGGAGGGUCCGUGUGGCUCCCGGUGGUGGCGGCGGCGGCUGUGGGGACCUGCGUGAGAGAGUGGGACCCGACGCGGAGACCGCGGGCGGAGGUUCCGCGCGGCCGGACCCGACACUCAACGACUGGACCCGGGGAUCCACCGGGGAACAAGCGGCAGAAGAGCGACUCGGUAACAAGUGUGGGAGAGGAAGCGGCGGCGGCGACGCCGGGCCCGGGGUGGUGACAGCAGGUCUGAGAGAGCAUGGAGCUUGGUGUGGUUAUGAAAAUUCCACCAACUAGACGUCCUCCCCUAAGAAACAGAAGUUAUGGAGGUUCACCAUAAAUACAAAAGACUGAAGUUAUAAAAGAGAAAAAAAAAGAUUGCUGCUAAAAUGAGUCUGAGCAAUACAGUAUAUUUUGUGCCAUACACGAAAAGUUAUUGAGGAAAGGAUAUUGAAAUCUCCAACUACAAUUGUGGAUUUGUCUAUUUCUCCUUGCAGGUACUGAAAUUUUACACACACACACACCCCAAAUAUUUGUCAAUGAGAGAGAAAGCUGACUGGGAUAUCAAAAGCAAAGUGCUUGCACAUACUGGUCAUCAUGCGGAAAGGGGUGCCAAGGGACCCAGAGAUUGCUGAUCUGUUCUACAAAGAUGAUCCUGAAGAACUUUUUAUUGGUUUACAUGAAAUUGGACAUGGAAGUUUUGGAGCAGUUUAUUUUGCCACAAAUGCUCACACCAAUGAGGUUGUGGCAGUUAAGAAAAUGUCCUACAGUGGGAAGCAGGCACAUGAGAAAUGGCAAGAUAUUCUUAAGGAGGUCAAAUUUUUACGACAAUUGAAGCAUCCUAAUACUAUUGAAUACAAAGGUUGUUACUUGAAAGAGCACACCGCUUGGUUGGUGAUGGAAUAUUGCUUAGGCUCAGCCUCUGAUUUGUUAGAAGUUCAUAAAAAACCACUUCAGGAAGUGGAGAUUGCUGCCAUUACUCACGGUGCCUUGCAGGGGCUAGCCUACCUACAUUCUCAUGCAUUGAUUCAUAGGGAUAUUAAAGCAGGAAAUAUUCUUCUAACAGAGCCAGGUCAGGUGAAACUAGCUGAUUUUGGAUCUGCCUCAAUGGCUUCUCCUGCCAACUCCUUCGUGGGCACACCUUACUGGAUGGCUCCAGAGGUGAUCUUAGCUAUGGAUGAAGGACAGUAUGAUGGGAAAGUUGAUAUUUGGUCACUUGGGAUCACUUGUAUUGAAAUGGCGGAACGGAAGCCCCCUCUUUUCAACAUGAAUGCAAUGAGUGCCUUAUAUCACAUUGCCCAGAACGACUCCCCCACAUUACAGUCUAAGGAAUGGACAGACUCCUUUAGGAGAUUUGUUGAUUACUGCUUGCAGAAAAUGCCUCAGGAAAGGCCAACAUCAGUGGAACUAUUACGGCAUGACUUUGUUCGACGAGACCGGCCACUACGUGUCCUAAUUGACCUCAUACAGAGGACAAAAGAUGCUGUUCGUGAGCUAGAUAACCUACAGUACCGGAAAAUGAAAAAAAUCCUUUUCCAAGAGACACGAAAUGGACCCUUGAAUGAGUCACAGGAAGAUGAAGAAGACAGCGAACAUGGAACCAGCCUGAGCAGGGAAUUGGACAGCCUGGGCAGCAACCAUUCCAUCCCAAGCAUGUCUGUGAGCACAGGCAGCCAGAGCAGCAGUGUGAACAGCAUGCAGGAGGUCAUGGAUGAUAGCAGCUCGGAGCUUGUCAUGAUGCAUGAUGAUGAAAGCCCAGUAAAUUCCAGUUCCUCUGUUGUGCACAGGAAGGAUCAUGUAUUCAUAAGGGAUGAGGCGGGCCACGGCGAUCCCAGGCCUGAGCCGCGGCCUACCCAGUCAGUUCAGAGCCAGGCCCUCCACUACCGGAACAGAGAGCGCUUUGCCACGAUCAAAUCAGCAUCUUUGGUUACACGACAGAUCCAUGAGCAUGAGCAGGAGAACGAGUUGCGGGAACAGAUGUCAGGUUAUAAGCGGAUGCGGCGCCAGCACCAGAAGCAGCUGAUCGCCCUGGAGAAUAAGCUGAAGGCUGAGAUGGACGAGCACCGCCUCAAGCUACAGAAGGAGGUGGAGACACAUGCCAACAACUCGUCCAUCGAGCUGGAGAAGCUGGCCAAGAAGCAAGUGGCUAUCAUAGAAAAGGAGGCAAAGGUAGCUGCAGCAGAUGAGAAGAAGUUCCAGCAACAGAUCUUGGCCCAGCAGAAGAAAGACUUGACAACUUUCUUAGAAAGUCAGAAGAAGCAAUAUAAGAUUUGUAAGGAAAAAAUAAAAGAGGAGAUGAAUGAGGACCAUAGCACACCCAAGAAAGAAAAGCAGGAGCGGAUAUCCAAGCAUAAAGAGAACUUGCAGCACACACAGGCUGAAGAGGAAGCCCACCUUCUCACUCAGCAGAGACUGUACUACGAUAAAAACUGUCGUUUCUUCAAGAGGAAAAUAAUGAUCAAGCGGCAUGAGGUGGAGCAGCAGAACAUUCGGGAGGAACUAAAUAAAAAGAGGACACAGAAGGAGAUGGAGCAUGCCAUGCUGAUCCGGCACGACGAGUCCACCCGAGAGCUCGAGUACAGGCAGCUGCACACAUUACAGAAACUCCGCAUGGAUCUGAUCCGGCUACAGCACCAGACUGAACUGGAAAACCAGCUGGAGUACAAUAAGAGGCGAGAAAGGGAACUGCACAGAAAGCAUGUCAUGGAACUUCGGCAACAGCCAAAAAACUUAAAGGCCAUGGAAAUGCAAAUUAAAAAACAGUUUCAGGACACUUGCAAAGUACAGACCAAACAGUAUAAAGCACUCAAGAAUCACCAGUUGGAAGUUACUCCAAAGAAUGAGCACAAAACAAUCUUAAAGACACUGAAAGAUGAGCAGACGAGAAAACUUGCCAUUUUGGCAGAGCAGUAUGAACAGAGUAUAAAUGAAAUGAUGGCCUCUCAAGCGUUACGGCUAGAUGAGGCUCAAGAAGCAGAAUGCCAGGCCUUGAGGCUACAGCUCCAGCAAGAAAUGGAGCUGCUCAAUGCCUACCAGAGCAAAAUCAAGAUGCAGACAGAGGCACAGCAUGAACGUGAGCUCCAGAAGCUAGAGCAGAGGGUGUCUCUGCGCAGAGCACAUCUUGAGCAGAAGAUUGAAGAAGAGCUGGCUGCCCUUCAGAAGGAACGCAGCGAGAGAAUAAAGUACCUAUUGGAAAGGCAAGAGCGAGAGAUUGAAACUUUUGACAUGGAGAGCCUCAGAAUGGGAUUUGGGAAUUUGGUUACAUUAGAUUUUCCUAAGGAGGACUAUAGAUGAGAUUAAAUUUUUUUGCCAUUUACAAAAAAAAAGAAAGAAAGAAAACAAAAAAAUUCAGACCCUGCAAAACCACAUUCCCCAUUUUAACGGGCGUUGCUCUCACUCUCUCUCUCUCUCUUACUCUUACUGACAUCGUGUCGGACUAGUGCCUGUUUAUUCUUACUCCAUCAGGGGCCCCCUUCCUCCCCCCUCCCGUGUCAAUUUUCAGUGCUGGCUGAAAUCUGGCCAUCUCUUCUAUUCAUAGUACACGUCACAGUAUCGAUGUGAUUCAAAAUGUUUCAGUGAAAACUUUGGAGACAGUUUUAACAAAACCAAUAAACCAACAACAACAAAAAAGUGGAUGUAUAUUGCUUUAAGGCAAUCACUCAUUACCACCAAUCUGUGAAAGUAAAGCAAAAAAAAAAAAUAAUAAUAAUAAAUGCCAAGGGGGAGAGAGACACAAUAUCCGCAGCCUUACACCUUAACUAGCUGCUGCAUUAUUUUAUUUUAUUUUAUUUUUUUGGUAUUUAUUCAUCAGGAAUUAAAAAAAAACAAAGUUUUAUUAAAGAUUGAAAAUUUGAUACAUUUUACAGAAACUAAUUGUGAUGUACAUAUCAGUGGUGACAUAUUAAUACUUUUUUGGGGAAUGGGGGGGUGGGUGGGGUGAAGAGAUCUUGUGAUUUUUAAGAACCUGCUGGCAAGAGUUUAACUUGUCUUGAGCAUAUUCUGAUUGUAUCAUAAUCAUUUUCUGCUGUUGCAGAGGAUGUGAAUACACUUAAGGAGCUCACAGAAUCCCAGUAGCACAAAUUGGGCUUUGGCAAAUCGUGUAUUUUGUGUAUAGAAGGAAUUUAAGGAGAGGUAUUACUUAUUUUCAUAUUGUAUUUUAACUGUUUCUCUGAUCAAAUUUUUUUACUCCCUCCUCCCAGUCCUCCCCACCUCCCUCCUUUUCCAAUUCAGUAUUUGGAGUUCAACACUGUCUCUCAAUCAGAUCAUCUUGAUCUUUUUUCUUUAUUUCCCUGCCCCUCCCUAAGUCCCAUAUCUUGGUCAUAAAUAUUGCAUUAUUCACACUUUCAAACUGUGUAUUUUCUUACAAUAAAAAAUGAUGAAAAAAAAAAGGCUUUACUUCUUUUGCAUGCACUUUAAAAAACAAAACAUUUUUCAGGUUCCAAGGAAGAGCAUGAUAACUGUCAGAGCUUUUAAUUAUAUUUGUAAAUAAAAGUGUUCAUCACA